AUGGAUCCUGAAGGAUGCACUACUAAUUCCAGCCCAGGGCUGGAGACCAGAGCCCCCCAGGGCACGGAGCUUAUCCCCAGGGGAGGUGUCAGUCGCUCUCCAACCUGUGCCCGCUGCCGCAACCAUGGCGUCACUGCCCACCUCAAAGGUCACAAGCGCCUCUGCCUCUUCCAGGCUUGCGAGUGUCACAAAUGUGUUCUUAUCCUGGAGCGCCGAAGAGUCAUGGCUGCCCAAGUGGCCUUGCGCAGGCAACAAGAAGCACAGCUGAAGAGGCGCCUGGCCCAGGGACUGAUGAGAGAGGCGACCCCCCUCAAAGCUCCUCUCCGUGUCAGGAAAGGGGCCGCUCGACUAGGGAUCUCUUCUGGGAAGGAGAACAUAGCACCCCGGCCUCAGAGUCCCCAUCAGAGUCCCCACGGAGCAGUCCCGCUGGUACUGACAGCUCCUGGGAAGAGUUCCCGUGGGCCUCUGCUGUUCAGCCGCCCUCCAGAAGCCUUGCCCUUGCCCUGGACUCCGAUGCCUCCUGGGCCUUGGGGUCCUGCACACUGGCUGCCUCCAGGUCUCUCCAUGCCACCCCCUGUGGUGUGUCGCUUGCUGUGCCAAGAAUCUGCUGUCCCUCUCCACCCAUUCCCUGGCUUUGACACUGGCACCUCUCUCCGGCUGCCCACGCAUGGGACCCUCCCAACCUGCCCAGGAUCUCGCUCAGUACUGACAGCUCCUCUUUCUGGAGAGCCACAGGGGCCCCCUAACCUGCACCACACAUGCUCAACUCUGGUACUCCAGUCCUGCAGCACCCCAGACUCUCUUCUGCUACAGCCACAGGCCCCAGGUGCUUCUUGUCUGGCCUGCACUUCUGCCCCCUCAGAGCGACAGCUGCAGCGAGAGGCAGCCGAGGCCCUCAUAGGGCUUAAAGAUUCAUCCCAGGCUCCCCGACUGAGUGCAUCAGUCCCACCCAACCCUGCCUGGAUCUCCCUACUGCACCCUUGUGGACCACCAGCUCCCGCUGGAGGAAGAGGAUUCCAGCGAGCUGGCCCCGCGCUCCGACCCAGCCCGGCUCCCUCUGUCUCUGUGCACAUUGGGCGCCUGGAAUCCAUCUCCCUUCGGAGCUCGGACCCGCAGGUGGAGGCUGCCUUACGGGGACAGGAAGGUGACCACCUCCUGCCCUGCAUAGCUGCUGCAUUACUUGCGAAUUUUUGCAUGGAAUUUAAUGUGUAAGCUUCAGGCUUUUUUCUUUCUUUCUUUUUUUUUUUUCCUAAGCCUUCAGACGCCUCAUUGGCCUUGAGUUCCGUUUGUAGUGUGGGUGUUUCUCUGGCCAAAGGUGAAUACUCUCAGGCUACUUUUUGGAUCCUGGGCUGGUUUAACUCUCUCCAGUAAAGACAGCUGUACAGUUUAAGGUGAUCAA